AGUCGCUUAUAUAACCCCAUUAUACCGUCCUCAUUCACAUUGAAAAGAGUCACGUGAUAUUUGUCUACCCUUACCCGAAAUUCGUCCGUACGUACAACUUGCGAGUGUAGAACAACAAAGCCGCUACCAAUGCCGCAACUAUCACGCGGCAAACUGCAGUGCCAUUACUGCGGAAAGCGAUCUGAUCGAAAAUGGGAGGUGCAUAUCCGAUCAUGGAAAUGUAACUAUUGUGAAGCAGUCAACUAUCUUGACGAAAACGGACAGAUAACCGACCCUCCCGUGUCAUUAUCAGCGAAACAACCAUCUCCCCAAUACGCCAGAUAUGCGCGUCGAACGCAGAGUCCAGAUCUGUCGCCACAAGAAAGCGACAUCUUCUGUAAACAAUGCAUGACGAAUCAGCAUUUCGUGCAGCAGAACCUCGCUGAGUACCUCCCGGAUCCUUCGCAUCCAGAAUACAAUAAAUUUCUGGAUAAUCUGGAAGACUACAAGGCAGAUCUUGAAAGACGCUAUCCACAGGUAUGCGUGGACUGCGCGCCGCGGGUGAACGCUCGCUUGAAAGCAACGACGUAUGCCGCCAAAGCCGAUAAUCUGCGACGGGGCUUGGCGAGAAAGAAAGCCUCGUCACUUACACCUGAAUGGAGAAAAUGGGGCUGGAGGCGCUUACUGAUUCUCAUCGGUGGCGUGUUAUGGUGGGCUAGCAUAUUAGGCCAAGUUACGUGGCAUCUGCUUGGGAUUCUUCCACAUGCGACGAAACAGAUGCGCCUUCGAAGUAUUUCGUGGUACGGACAAUGGACAUGUGCUGCCAAUGCGCUCAUGUCGCAGGAGAUACAGUUGAGCUGCCUAGAAGCUACCAAGGAUAGUGUCUGGCGAGCGUUCUACAUGGGCGCUGCCAGCUUCUGGUGGAAUAAUGCGCUAAGCACCAAGCUCUACAGCCGUGAGCGGCGGCUGCGUGGACUAGGCAGCUAUCUUCUAGUGCAGUUCAUAAGCUUGUCCGUUCGGGCUGUCGUGCUACUUUGCUUUGAGCACACAGAAUGGAUUCCGAAGAGUAUACCAACAAAUGCCAUUCACGGCACAAUGAUUGUCUUCUUGGUAUUCACCACGUUGACAUCUCUAAGAACUGUCAAACUCUCUGCACCUCAGCGACCCAAUUUGACGGAUCAUCAUCCAGUGCAAGUCGAUCCUGCCGCCACCCGACCUGCGUAUCAACAAAACUCCACACCCAUUUCAUCUCAGACAACAAGCUUCUCCACAAGUUUCCCCGUGUCUGCUUUGUCAAAGCCACUAGAAUCGGCAUCAGUUCUUACACCUCCCGCAACGCAGUCUUUCGCUGAAACAGAGUAUGAUGGAAAUGAGAUGGACUGGACCCCUACGGGACCAUCUCAGUAUACGCAGUUCUCACCACAACCGAAAUUGGAAUACAGAAGGCCAGAAGGGCCGAGCCCUUUCCGUGGCACUCUGCCUCCAGCGCCGAAGCCACCAGCUCACAAAAUCCGCAAUCCCAAGCCCUUCAUCCCAGCAAGUCAAGAUCGGAAGAAUAACUUCAUGAAGGAGAUUCGCGGUGAACUUCGUGCUGCGACCGGUUCUCCUUCAGAUGAUGAAGAUGGCACCUUCGGCUUCGGAAGUCGGAAAAAGAACAACGCGGAUUUCGUCCUCGCACCAGGAAAUAUGCGAGACUACCAAGCUGAGGGCGCUGCGACAGGGCUGGAGAAUUUAUUCAACUCUGCCUUCACAAUUAAAGAGACUACAGCUGCCACGACAAACAAGGAGCAAGAGAAGGGCAUCAGACGUUCGAAGGAGAAAGAGAAGGGUUAUGUCAUGAGCGGGAAGACGGUAAGGGAGAAUAUGAUUGCGCUACGAGCCAUAGUAGGUAUUUCUGCUCUGCUGGUCGUAGUUCUUGCUUUCGUUUUGAGUGCAAGGUGGUUUAGUCCCAAAUCUGCACUCGAAGGCCUUCUGUACGAAAAAGAGGCGCUGGAGGAAGUCCGCGAAGUAGUCGACGUAGUGCAGGAAUAUGUCGACACGUGAACCAGGACCAAAUUUUUCUGAAGAAAACAACCUAUUUGCGCAGAUACCCAGCGACCUUUUUGAGCAUGUAGAUCUCCAUUUUCGGUGCCCGCUGCUUCUCAGCCUCCAUCUGCUUCUUCAAAAUGUCCGACUGCAUGUGAACGUCCUCCAGAUACUUCUUGUCCUCGUACACCUCCACAAAGGUCAAUCGAUUUUGCACCUCGACG